AGUACCUAAAACUACUACCGAACAUUGAGAUAGAGGAGACGACGACGUUAAAAAUCACUUUUGCUUAUAUGUUUUCAACUUUUUAUAUAUAUGUAUGGAUAUAGAUCACGUACUGCUUAGCUCAGUAAUUACACAUGAUGAAAUGUUACUGUGAAUGGUAUACAAUGAUGAACUCAGACUCUUUUUCUAAUAGAAAAGAAGAAAAAAUAACUAACUAAAAUGUAAAACUCCCUAUCAAUCAAGCAAAAGUAAAUAAAAAUUCAAAUAGGGUAAGGCUAGAAGCUUAAAGUGAUGUUUUCGUAUCAAUCUCAAUCUCUCUCCAUACCUCCAACGCCAUUAAAACUUUAAUAAACCUAACUUUUUCUAUCCAUUAAGUUGUCUAUAAAUAUACAUACUUCCCACAGCAAAGAGUCUCAUCUUACUCACAAGAAUCAUACACACAGACACACUCUUUCUUAAAAACACCUUUUUUUUGAAUAAUACCGUUUCCAUCCUCCAAAAGGCUUUACUCGAGAUGGCACGUUGUUGCGUACCUCUUGCUAUUUUCUUAGGCGUUCUUUUGAUGCUCUCGUGGUGUGAAGCUUUGAGUAGCAACGUUGAUGAUGGAUAUGGUCAUGAAGAUGGAGGGUACGAAUCCGAUAGCUUAAUCAAGCUCAACAACGACGAAGUUCUUACCUUGAAAAGCUCCGAUAAACCCACUCCCGAAUCAUCAACUGUUAGUGUAUCAGACUUCGGAGCUAAGGGAGAUGGAAAAACCGAUGAUACUCAGGCCUUCAAGAAAGCAUGGAAGAAAGCAUGUUCAACAAAAGGAGUUACUAGCUUCUUGGUUCCUAAAGGGAAGACUUAUCUCCUUAAGUCUACUCAGUUCAGAGGCCCAUGCAAAUCUUUACGUAGCUUUCAGAUCCUCGGAACUUUAUCAGCAUCUACAAAACGAUCGGAUUACAACAAAGACAAAAACCAUUGGCUUAUUUUGGAGGACGUUAACAAUCUAUCAGUCGACGGCGGCUCCGAGGGCACUGUUGAUGGAAACGGAAAAAUCUGGUGGCAAAACUCAUGCAAAAUCGACCGAUCUAAGCCAUGCACAAAAGCGCCAACGGCUCUAACUUUCUACAACUUAAUGAACUUGAAUGUGAAGAACCUGAGAGUGAGAAAUGCGCAGCAGAUUCAGAUUUCGGUUGAGAAGUGCAACAAUGUUAAUAUUAAGAAUGUCGAGAUCACUGCUCCUGACGAUAGUCCCAACACGGAUGGUAUUCAUAUCACUAACACCCAAAACAUUCGAGUCUCCAAUUCACACAUUGGAACAGGUGAUGAUUGUAUAUCCAUUGAGGAUGGAUCCCAAAAUGUUCAAAUUAAUGAUUUAAGUUGUGGCCCCGGUCACGGGAUCAGCAUUGGGAGCUUGGGGGAUGACAAUUCCAAAGCUUAUGUCUUGGGAGUUAAUGUGGAUGGUGCUAAGCUCACUGAGACUGACAAUGGAGUAAGAAUCAAGACUUAUCAGGGAGGGUCAGGAACUGCGAAGAACAUUAAGUUUCAAAACAUUCGUAUGGAAAAUGUCAAGAAUCCUAUCAUAAUCGACCAGAACUACUGCGACAAGGACAAAUGCGAACAACAAGACUCAGCGGUGCAAGUGAACAAUGUGGUGUACCGGAACAUAAGCGGUACGAGCGCAACCGAUGUGGCAAUAACGUUUGAUUGCAGUGAGAAAUAUCCAUGCAAAGGUAUUGUGCUUGAUAAUGUGAACAUCAAAGGAGGAACAGCAUCUUGCAAGAAUGCGAACGUUAAGAAUCAAGGCAACGUUUCUCCUCAAUGCUCUUAACUACUUAGCUAAUUCUAUACUAAUAUACAUACAUAUAUAUAUAUGUAUAUUGUACUCUACAUAUUGAUUCUUGCUAUGUGUAGAUAGUAAAGAUAUCGGGAAUAAACAUACAAUAUAGUCAAUAAUCGAAAGAUUUCUUGUCUUGUAUACUUAUUGUUUAUUAUUUGUAUUUCCACGAAUAUGAAUGAGAUUAUGGGUUUGUCUGAUAUUUUUUUGAACUAUUAAUUAUUGUGAUUUGUGAACAUAUAUACGAAUUACACUAAGGUGGUUUCAUUAUUUUAACAUAAUAGUUUGGUAAGUAAAAUAUAAUGAAAAUAUAGCUGCUCAUACUUUAGUUUCUUAUUUAACAAAAAAAUUAAGUUGUGCAAGUAAAUGUAUACAAGUCACACGGGCCGAGUCUGUGUCUGCGGCCCUGAAACUGAAUACUGAAAAUGUUAAUCCAGAGUGUGUCAAAUCCCAAAAUUAACCAAAAAGAACUAGUUUUCAGUGAGCUCUUGCUUUAUGGC